GUGGAAUGAGGGGUUUGGGAUGGUGAUGGAUUACACUGCUUUGGAGUCGGAGGCUGGCUGCAUGAGUUGCGGUAGUUGAGUGAUGUGCGAGUUUAUGUACGGAGACUGAAUGAAUGAGGUCAAAGGAGGGCUUGCUUCGAGGGCAGGCAUGAGGGAGCAACCCAGCCUGCUCAUUUCCAAUGACCUCACUUCUUCAAGAUCAACCGCCGAGACAGUAGAUAUACCCAUUCCUUGCGGCUACUGCCGCCGCUCAUCAGACCAAAUCUUUCAGCCUCGACCAAAUCGUCGUCCGCACUAUUACGUUUCACACCUCCUCAUCUCAGCUCUCGAGGAACUUUUCACAUCACCUCCUGUGUGAAAAUUCUGCCUGGAAAUAAGUGCCGUGUCGUGUCACAUUUUUGGAGCAUUUUCCGCGAGUCCCUUCACCUGCACCUCGGACAUCGGAGACUGAAGGCCGAUUCACCAGCAGUAGCUGCUGUAUGUGUCAUUUCUGACAGUAACAAGCUAACAACUACUGUGCCCGUCAAAUAGAUGAAAUCUCGCUCUUGUCAUCAUCAGUUGAACGACCAUUCGCAAUCUGAUAUUUAUUAGCCUGGGUUCUGGUCGUCGUCAAAAAUAGAGGGGAACCCACCACGGCGGUUAACCCACUAUUGGGCGAGCUUCCCCCCAUUGCCGCUCGCCGCUAAAACCUACCAAGAUUGCCGCCGAUGUAACUUCUCGAAGCGCAAAACCAUCACCACCAGAGCCGCAUCACCGCUCUCUCCCAGCUGAGAAGUUACGAAACACCAAUGUCUUGGAAUCCACGGACCUGGACCACCGGAGUGGAGGGACGGACGAUCUACCGAUCUGCAUGUUCCCGUACCAACUUCGGAGGAAAACAAAAACCUCUCUGCUACCCCUGCAUUUGGCGGCGUGUUUCAACGGCAGCCAAAAUCCAGGGGUAAGCAAAAAAAAAGAGGAGAGUCGAUCCAUUGGGAAUGACGGGAUGACGUCGCACAACCAAGCAAACAGACUCCCGCAGCUUCCACCCCGCGAUUGUUAGCCCCCCUUUUGUGAUAUGCAGGCGGAUGGCUCAGGUUCAAACAGUGGCGUUGGGAGGUGCCGAGGUGGUCCAGGAGGUGGACGCCAAUCAUAAGGGGUUGUUUGCUCACGACAAACAAACCGAGUCCUUUACGGCUGGAUUCUUUUUCUGACUGUACGCUGUGUUGGAUGGAUGACCCCUGGGAAAACAUCCCGACCCUACCUCCGGACCGGUGCUCUUGGAUGGCUACGCCGGGAGGAUUUACAUGUAAGUGGCAGGGAGGAUCUCGGUACCUGCAUGCACACAGUAUGGAUGCACAGGAACGUGAGGUAAAUUUUCCGGUCCCUUGCUCUCGUGGUAGGGAUCCCUUCGUUGGUUGCACCCCCUAUCAUUGUUGCAUUGGUUCUCCUCGGCUGUUUGUUUGUCAUACUGCGUGUGCAUCCUGUUGUAUAAGACCAUAGUUGGUCCCAGCAGGUCGGGUGCUUGCUUCCUCUCUUGUCCCUCAGUCAGUCCUGAGACUCUUUUCCCUCUUUGACACCAGGCUGUCAUUCAUUCUUUUUGACUCUGGGAGUUCUACUCGUGCUUUGACAAAAGUAUAUCUUUGGUCAUUCCUUCGCUUCGCUUCAGUUUGGAGCAUCAAGAGCCAGCCGUUCCUUUUUGGUUCUUGUUUCUCCCUAUUCUUUCACAGUCUCUUCGACAGAGACAAUAGCCUGGAUUGUUGAUCAUCCUCUUGACGCCUCGACCUUUUCAGCGCCAGUCACUUCGACUCGACUUGCAAACCUCGGCAGCUGGCCUACAGAAUAUCACAUCCUCAGAGAGCCACCCACCAAGAUGCGGUCCAACCUCUUCAUAGCCAGUCUGGCUACCACCUUUGCCUCCCUGGCAACAGCUCACACAGUCCUCACCACCGUCUUCGUCAACGGCGUCAACCAAGGUGAUGGCACUUGCAUCCGCAUGUCCAAGAACCCCGACCGCGCCACCUUUCCCAUUGAAGGCAUCAACAACGCCAACAUGGCCUGCGGCCUCGAAGGCGCCACCCCCGUGGCCUUCACCUGCCCAGCACCCGCGGGCUCAACCCUCACCUUUGCCUUCCGCGAAUGGGCCGACGAGCCCACCAAGGGCGCCGGCCCCAUCGACCCCUCCCACAUUGGCUCAGUAGCAAUCUACCUCAAGCAAGUCUCCAACAUAGCCACCACAAACCCUGCCGGCGGCGGCUGGUUCAAGAUCUACUCCGACGGCUAUGACUCCUCUCGCAAGCAAUGGUCAGCAAAGAAGCUCAUCGCGGACAAGGGCCUCCUCUCCUUCUCCCUCCCCUCCGGCUUGCCAACAGGUUACUACCUCGCCCGCUCAGAAAUCCUCGCCAUCCACGACAUCUCCGGCUCAGGACCCCAAUUCUUUGUCAACUGCGCCCAGUUGUUUGUGUCGGGGUCCACCACGGGAACGGUGUCCAUUCCCUCGGAUAAAUCAGUCUCCAUCCCCGGCUAUGUCAAGUACUCCGAUCCGGGAGUUACAUACAAUGUUUAUGAAUCCAACCCUGAUACCAAACCUUACAAAGUUGUCGGGCCUGCUAUUUUCCGUCCAUCUGGUCCUGGCCCCAGCACAAACGCUAAGCAAACCGACGGUGUGAUCCCAGCGGGUUGUAUUCUCAAGAACGCGAACUGGUGCGCAAAGGAAGUGCCGGAUUAUAGCAACGAGAAUGAGUGCUGGAAGGCGAGCGAUGACUGCUGGGCGCAGUUGGAUAAAUGUUAUACUUCUGCGCCGCCGAGCGGCUCGAGGGGGUGUAAAGUCUGGCAAGAGAAGAAGUGUGACAAGAUUGUGGAUAGUUGCCGGAGUGGGGAUUGGAAGGGGCCGAGGAAUAAGGGGCAGAAGAGUAAAAACUAUAGGAGGAGGGCGGGGAGGGACUAG